AUGAUGAGUUCUGCCGCAAGUGGCGCUGCGGAUUUUCCACCAUCAUCAGCGGAUGGUACCGAAGGGAGGAGGCGACCAUCUCCCGGACAAACCUCCGCCAAACCGGCCUCAAACCCCCGCGGCAGCCGCUCCGCAUCAUCCACUGCGUCAAAGCCCGGAGGAAAAUCCACUAAAGGACGUGAAGGAGAGCAGGACACGCGUGUUGUGAAGCUGAGGGGUGCGGCAGCUGUUCGUGGUGCUGAAACUGAGGCGAUUUUGGAAACCGAGGAGCGGAUUGACCGCGCUCCGCCACCGGACACCCGCCGCGCGCUGCGUUUUCCGUGCGUUAAAAGAGAAUCGUCCGCGGAGAACCUCGACCGAUCGCCUGGUGGCGUGAGGGGGAGACAGGCCGCUGCGGGAGGAGAGUACGUGGGCUGCGGACCGGCCUUCUGGGGCGGAGGCUGUCUGCAGUCAGAGCUCAUCCAGUAUCACAUCAACAAGCGCUUGAGGAAAAGCGGCAGCAUGCAGCGGCAGACACCGGGAGAGACGCAAGCGGGAACGCAGGCCGAGGAGGCGGUGACACAGCAGGAUGAAGUCCUGCAGGAGGAGAUCGAGAGGCUGGAGGAUGAAAACGACGAGCUUAAGAGCACGAUUGAAGAGAUGCGGACGGAGAUGGAGGAGAUGCGCGACACCUUUUACGAGGAAGACACGUGUCAGCUAGAUGAAAUGCGGCGUGAGCUGGAAAGAGCGAAUAAGAACUGCCGCAUCCUUCAGUAUCGACUCCGCAAGGCAGAACGUAAACGACUACGCUAUGCGCAAACCGGAGAAAUCGACGAGGACCUCCUAAGGAGCUUAGAGCAAGAUUUAAAGGUUGCCAAAGAUGUUUCUGUGAGACUCCACCAUGAGCUGGAAAAUGUGGAGGAUAAACGAACAAAGACUGAAGAUGAAAACGAACGGCUGAGACAGAAACUUAUCGAGGUGGAAGUCACCAAACAGGCUCUGCAACUUGAGCUAGACAAGGCUAAAGAGUCUCAGAAACGAAGAGGAAGCAAAGAUGCACAAAAGCCUGAGAGGAAGACUCCUACAGAGGAGGACAGUGAGGACCUGAAAUGCCAGCUGGCCUUCAUUAAAGAGGAGGCUACAUUAAUGAGAAAGAAAAUGGCAAAGAUCGACAAGGAAAAGGACCGCCUGGAACAAGAACUUCAAAAGUACCGAUCCUUCUAUGGGGAUCUGGAUAGCCCUCAUCCAAAGGGGGAAGCUGGUGGUCCACCCACUACAAGGGAAUCAGAACUGAAACUCCGCUUGCGACUGGUGGAAGAAGAGGCCAACAUCCUGGGACGAAAAAUUGUGGAACUGGAGGUCGAGAACCGUGGUCUGAGAGCAGAGCUGGAUGAUCUUCGAGGAGAUGAAUCCUCUAAUGGGGGCUUGUCCGGUGCGGAAGGAGGAAUAGGACGCGAACAGGGUUCAGAGCUGUCUGAGCUGAGGCAACAACUGCAAUUGGUGGAGGAUGAAGCCGAACUUCUGAGGAGGAACCUCGCGGAUGUAGAGGACCAGAAUAAGAGAGUGACAAGCGAGCUGAAUAAAUUGCGCUUUAAAGAGGGUACGAGGCAUGCCUCGGGCAGUAAUGCAACAGGUGCCAACAAUGGUGCUGGAGACAGCUCUAAAUCCGAGGCCUUGCAGGAGGAACUGAAAGCAGCAAGGAAGCAGAUCAAUGAACUGAGCGGAAAAGUGAUGCAACUGCAAUAUGAGAACCGUGUCCUGCUUUCUAACAUGCAACGAUAUGAUCUAGCAUCUCAUCUAGCCGUGACGCCACGUGACAGUGAUGCAGAAAGUGAUGGUGGUCCUGGAAUUGGAGGACGUAGAGGUAGUGAUGAUGACUCUUCCUCGUCUCGCCUCCCUCCCCAUCGCAAACGCGAGGGUCCUGUUGGAGGAGAAAGUGACUCGGAGGAGGUCCGCAAUGCUCGAUGCCUCACGCCAACUCGCUCACUCUAUUCUCCUGAAUCUGCCCGGCUCCUCUCACGCUCCAUACGGGACAGGCAACAGAUGAUUGACAUCCGAGCUGAGGCAGAGCGAUUGGGGCGAACCAUUGACCGUCUUAUAGCCGACACCAGUAACAUCAUUGCAGAGGCUCGGGUCUUUGUGGCUAAUGGGGAUCUUUUUGGUCGUAUGGAAGAUGAAGACGAUGGUGGCCGAAUCAGAGAGCAUGAGCUACUCUUCCGCAUCAACUCUCAAAUGAAGACCUUCAGGAAGGAGCUCCAAGGGUUUAUAGACCGGCUGGAAGUCCCAAAACCUGAGGAAAGAGAUUCAGAAGAACCGUUAUCUAUGUUUCAGCCUAUCAUUUUAUUCAUCCUCAUUCUAGUGUUGUUCUCCUCGCUCUCUUAUGCCACCAUUUUUAAACUUGUAUUUCUUUUUACCCUCUUUUUUGUCCUGUGAUUACCAUCCGCCCACUCAUUAGCAUAGUCUCGCCCUUUGUUUUCGUUUGUUUGUCAAUGUUGUGUAUGUCACCAUGGUCGAAGAAUCACAGGAUGGUCACUUUCCAAGCACAGACAGCGCGCUUAAGCACAGAAGACUGCAUAAUCUUAAUUUCUAAAAUGCUGGAGACCCAAAUCAAGUACCCAAAUCACAUAUAUAUGGCUGCCACUGGAAGGUACGUCAUCAAGAGUUUUAUUUUUGCAACUAAAGACUACUACUGUAUACAACAUCAGAAUAUCUGCAUUUGUGAAGACAUCAAGACCCUUAAACCUCUGGAAGCGACAUCACCAAGAAGGCAUUUAUUCAGAACUAUGGCUACCAGGCACAAUGGCGCUUGCUUUGCAACCAAAGAUUUUGCAAUGGAAAAGUUAGGGGCACAUCAGCCAGAAUUCCAGCCACAUCAGCUGGAAUGACCACCAAUCAGAAGCAUGCAAAGAGGUAUUGGUGGACUUUCCAACGUGGUCACUCCAGUGACCUUUCAGGAAUUGCUGCAUAGUUUUCUGAACACUUGGCUAAAGAAUGGCCA